AUGCGAACCGGGUGGACGCUGUCCAGUCGGGUGGUGCUCGCGGAAUUACACUCACCCGGCGCAGACCAAACAAACCUCGAGGCGCUGGUGGGACCGAGCUGCGAAUCACCCAUCCGCAUCGACGGCGUGACGUCACGCUGUUUGAUAGACAGCGGCUCGCAGGUGUCUAUUGUGUCGGAGUCUUUUUUCCGCAGAAAUAUGCGACAUCGACAGCUGGAAAACCUGGAUUCUACACUGCAAGUGAUAGGAGCAGGCGGUCAUUCUGUGCCCUAUAUUGGUGUUGUGCGUGUGUCGGUGUGGUUGCCUAAAGAUGUCGUUGGUGUGGACAGUAAAGUAGACACAGUGUUACUUGUCUGUCCAGACACGGAGUAUUCGUCACGAGUGCCAGUGAUAGCCGGCACCAACAUCCUGAGAGCCUACGCCCGGCAGUGCGAACGUAUGGCGGGGCGGAACUUCACAAGACUACCGCUGUGUGGCAUGAUCGCUCACGCCUACAGGGAGGCGACAAGUGCACCAAAUGGACAUCUGUGCCCGGUACGACUGCUGACACCGGACAUAACACUGCCACCACGCUCGGUGACCGAUGUCCGAGGGAUUGUGCGGCAUGGUGUAAACAUCAACAAGGACGCUGUGCUGCUCCAGGAGCCAACAGUGGAGGCGUUACCGGACGGUGUGUGCGUGUUGAGUGGUAAAGUGGCAACAAACACUCUUCCGCGGAUUAGAGUGACUUUAUUAAACUGA